CUCGAACGCCUUCGAUUCAAUCUAUUAUCAAAGACUUUCAACAGUCUUUCUCUCUGAAUCUCUUUCUCUCUACUCUUUUCCAUUUCAUAAUUCGGCUUUGAAUACCGAUUCAGAGUUACUAGUUCCCACUUGUCAAUAUUAUAUUAUAUAAUCAAUAAUGGAUGAAGUUGAUUAUUGUUAUUGUUCUUACUUUUCUUUGUACUUUCUGACAAUCCGUUUCAUUAAUCCGUUUAUUUUUCCACAACAUUGUUCACAUCGUGAUCCAUUGUCAUAUAUUUUCAAGCCUUCCGAUCCACUUAUUUGCCUUUCACUUUCGUUUACCGAUUCAAACUUUGCCAUUAUCAUACAAACCUCCAAACCACAUAAUCAUAUCUGUGUCUUAUCCUUCUGUUACCUACAAUCUAUACAUUUUUUUGCAUUACCAUUAUCAAUUCUCCAGUUAAUUAUCCCCUUCCCAAAAGCUAUCCCAGAUUCCUCUUUAGUACCGGUUCUUUCUUUGGAGUUGACCAACACAUUCUUUCUUUUGUGUGGAACAAACAAGAAAAUUCAGUACUGCCUAUUGGAUUGGGUGUUUUCGAAAUUGUGAUCCUGAAUUCUGAUUUCAGGUUUAGACUACUUUCCAGCCGGGCUACUCAUAUUUUUAUCUCUAUUCAAUAGUCCCAAUUUGAAGUUUUUGAUUGCGUAUUUUCAGAUACAAGAGCGUUACAUACAGUUCAAGCUUGUCAACUGGUGAGGGGUUUGGAUUUUACAUGGCUCAUCCUGCUUAUGCCGAAACAUUUUCAUUUGGAGGCUCAAACCAUGCUCAGGGACAACAAGCCGUGCCAUUUCAGACCAACAAGGCUUCCCUUAAGGUUUUGCUUUUACAUGGGAACUUAGAUAUUUGGGUCAGGGAGGCCAAAAACCUUCCUAAUAUGGAUAUGUUUCAUACCAAAUUAGGGGGCAUGUUUUCAAAACUUACUGGGAAGGUUAGCAACAAAAUCGAGGGGCAAAUGUCUACUGCAAUAACCAGUGAUCCAUAUGUCACAGUAUCUGUAUCAGAUGCUGUAAUUGGGAGAACUUAUGUGAUUAGUAACACUGAGAACCCUAUUUGGAUGCAGCAUUUUAAUGUUCCUGUUGCACAUUAUGCCGCGGAAGUGCAUUUUGUUGUCAAAGAUAGUGAUGUUGUUGGCUCGCAGAUUAUGGGUGCUGUGGGGAUUCCAGUGGAGCAAUUAUGCUCUGGCAUGAAAAUUGAGGGAACCUUCCCCAUCCUUAAUGCCAGUGGGAAACCUUGUAAGGCUGGAGCUGUAUUGAGUUUAUCAAUUCAAUACACCGCAGUGGGAAAAGUGAGCCUAUAUCAUGGAGUAGGUUCAGGUUCUGAUUACCAAGGAGUCCCUGGGACGUACUUUCCACUUAGGAGAGGUGGGAAAGUCAUACUAUAUCAAGAUGCUCAUGUUAAUGAUGGUUGUCUUCCAAAGUUGAAGCUUGAAGGUGAUGUUCAGUAUGUGCACGGGAAUUGUUGGCGCGACAUCUUUGAAGCUAUAAGUCAGGCCCGCCGUUUGAUAUACAUUGUAGGGUGGUCUGUGUACCACAAGGUUAGACUAAUUCGAGAUGGUACUAAUGAAACGGAUUGCAUGUUAGGCGAUCUUCUCAAAAUGAAGUCACAGGAAGGUGUAAGGGUGCUGCUCCUUGUAUGGGACGAUCCUACUUCUAGGAGCAUUUUCGGAUAUAAAACGGAUGGGAUCAUGGGCACCAGUGAUGAGGAAACUCGUCAUUUUUUCAAGCAUUCGUCAGUUAAAGUGCUACUCUGCCCUCGAUCUGCUGGAAAAGGUCAUAGCUGGGUCAAGAAGCAGGAAGUUGAAACAAUCUAUACCCAUCAUCAGAAAACAGUAAUUGUAGAUGCUGAUGCAGGUCAGUAUAAAAGAAAGAUCAUGGCAUUUGUUGGAGGUCUUGAUUUAUGCAUGGGCCGAUAUGAUACUCCAAUACAUCCUCUUUUUAGUACUUUACAAACAGUGCACAAAGAUGACUACCAUAAUCCUAACUUCACGGAGUCUGCUGCUGGCUGUGCCAGAGAACCAUGGCAUGAUUUGCAUUGUCAUAUUGAUGGACCAGCUGCAUAUGAUAUUCUCACCAACUUUGAGGAGCGCUGGUUAAAGGCAUCAAAAGUCCACGGGAUUCGAAAGCUAAAAGCCUCAUAUGAUGAUGCAUUACUCAAGAUUGAAAGAAUUCCCGACAUUGUUGGGAUAGCAGAUUUUCCUCACCAAAGUCAGAAUGGUCCAGGGGAUUGGCAUGUACAGGUUUUCCGUUCAAUUGAUUCCAAUUCUGUGAAGGGAUUUCCAGAGGACCCAAAAGAUGCUACAAACAGGAAUCUUCUAUGCGGGAAGAAUGUACUAAUAGACAUGAGCAUACAUGUAGCAUAUGUGAAGGCGAUCCGUACUGCCCAGAAAUUCAUUUAUAUUGAGAACCAGUACUUCCUUGGGUCGUCAUACAACUGGGAUUCUCACAAAGACUUAGGUGCUAACAAUUUAAUACCGAUGGAAAUUGCCCUCAAAAUUGCCAACAAAAUAAAAGCAAACGAGAGGUUCUCUGCAUAUAUUAUCAUCCCAAUGUGGCCAGAAGGUGUUCCCACAAGCACUGCCGUUCAGCGGAUUCUCUAUUGGCAGCAUAAAACGAUGCAAAUGAUGUAUGAAAUGAUUUACAAGGCUUUAAAGGAGGUUGGACUUGAGAACAAGUAUGAGCCACAAGACUAUCUGAAUUUCUUUUGCCUUGGAAAUCGUGAGGCAGCAAGCAGGGAAGACAGUCUAGACACAAGAAAUUCUGCUGCAGAAAAGACUCCUCAAGCACUGACUCGGAAAAGUAGGCGUUUUAUGAUAUAUGUGCACUCAAAAGGAAUGAUAGUGGAUGAUGAGUAUGUGAUACUGGGGUCCGCAAAUAUCAAUCAGCGGUCCAUGGAAGGCACCAGAGACACUGAAAUAGCAAUGGGUGCAUAUCAGCCUCAUCAUACCUGGGCAAGCAAAGUUUCUGGUCCACGUGGACAGAUCUAUGGAUAUAGAAUGUCGUUAUGGGCGGAGCAUGUCGGGGCAAUCGAAGAGUGUUUCAAGCAACCAGAGAGCCUUGAAUGUGUGAGACAAGUACGGUCCAUGAGCGAGCGCAACUGGAGACAAUAUGCAGCUGAUGAGGUAACAGAAAUGAAGGGCCACCUGUUAAAGUAUCCACUUCAAGUUGAUCGAACGGGCAAGGUGAAGCCUCUUCCUGGCUCUGAGACAUUCCCCGACGUGGGCGGGACUAUUACUGGGACAUUUACAGCUAUUCAAGAAAAUCUGACCAUCUGAUCAACUUAAUGAUACUCAUCAUGCAAGAUGGCUGACAAUUUUCUCCAAUUUAAGUCCUCCAGUGAAGAGUAUGUUCGAGUCUUUGACAUUAACUUGAAUUCCAUAGGCUAUUUGCUUAAUGUUUGGAAGGAAAAAAAGAAACGGGUUUUUUCUUUUUCUUAGAGCUUUAAUAAAAAUAACCAAGAAAACAAGAAAGAACAAAACUAGAGAGCCUUGUUUUUUUGUCGACUCUGAAUAUUUUACUGAAAUGGUUAUUGGACCUU